AUGGAAAAACACACAGUGUUCAACACAAGCGAGACUUCAUGGGCGGAUCAAUGGGAUCCGGAACCCGCUUACGGUAACGGGUAUUACAGCAACAAGAACAACGGCAGCAGCAAGACUGCCAAAAUCUCAAGCAAAGCCAGUGAGACAUUUGAUAAAACGAAAGCGGUUGCUUCCACGGGGGCGAAGAAAAUCAAAGAAGGAACCCGUGCGGGAUUUCACUGGAUCAAAGAAAAGUACCAAAAAACUACCCAAAAGCAUUAA